CAGGUCGAUUGCCGGCUGGGCUUGCGUAGUGUGUGCACUAGAGGCAGAGCGUCCACUGACAACGGGCCAAGGGAGCUGAGAAGAAAAGGAUUAGGGCAAGGCGAUGAUCGAGCAAAAGGCCAGCAGUGGCAAGGAGAAAACGCUCAAUGAAUCGCUCAAUUGGGCUUCUGACUGGCAUGAUUUGCAAAACACAUGACCGACCCGACGGGAGCUGGUUCCUUCUGCCCGUUGACAGGUGCUAGGUUGGUGGCCCAUCGCGCUACACUUCAGGUGAUCUGUAAUGUCCUCGGCAUCAGCGAUCCGGAUUGUGAAGGUACGGGCCCAAUGGGACCCGCAACCUCUGUCAUAUGGGAGCUCGAGGGAAAGUAAAAGAAUAUGGGGCCCCGGACGGCCCAAUGCGCCAUUCAGACGACAAGAUUUGUUGAUCGAUUCCUUCCCUUCCUUGUACUUGGUGGGAGUCUUGAACACGCCGUUGGGGUUGAUCUAUGAAUGGCAUCUCUCCACCGCAACCCCGACUUCCCCGCACCUCCCAGCGAACACCAGGCCCAACAAAAAAAUUCCUUUAGCUCGAGAUGCCGAGUCCGAAUUGGAAAUACUACCGGAUACAAGGGUCUGCGCAACGUGGGUAACGCAGGUCCACAGGCGAUGUGACGAUUCAUAUUUACCCGUCAUCCUGCCGUUGCAUCGUUUAUUUCCGCGGCACUGGCCGAUCUUGCCAGGCCCUCGUAAGUUGCAACAGUUGUCGGCGAGCAAACCACUUCCACCAGUGGCCUCUCGAAGAAAGAAAGGGUCCCAACCCCAGCGGUGUCUGCUUACGAAUCGAAUCGGCCGCCCUACCCGGAUGGCACGGGGACCGGCGAUCACUGUCUCCGGCCAUCCCAACGACGCGGGCACGUCCCGACGAGCCCGUUAAGGAGGGAAUAGCCGGUGAUGGGUUGUUUUCCAUCGUGUGUAGAAACGCAAGCAACAUGAAAGGAUUUAAAUACUGGGCCAAUAUCGCCCAUAUAACCGCCUCUAGAGCGGAGCAAUAUCUGGCGGGGAUUGUGUGUGAGUGGUGUUUUGCAAUGUCUUCAUCUCAGCUCGGAUGUACCGAAUCCGACCAUCAUAGC